AAAAUCGUAGUUGGAUCUUCGCGGGCGUCACCCAAGGAUUUUGUAGAGGGGUAUAUUUUAAUCCAAUUUUAAUUAAAGUAAUUUAAUUAGUAGCGUGAUCGCUACAACUUUCUAAGUCAAUACUUAGGAGCAAUAGCGUUUCACAACUAAAAGAACUGCUUAUCUAGGAAAUUAUUUACGAUUACGUAUUACUAGGGGUACAUUUGAACUAUUUUUGAUAAAUAAAAAGAAGAAUAAGAUGACAUUUCCUUACUUUUUCUAUUAUUUGUCAUUAUUGUUUGUUUGCCAAGUUGGUUUUAUUCAGAUUUGUACUGUUACAGGUAUUUUAUUUAUAGUAUUGUAGGAUUACAUUCGUUUAGGUUUUUUAUUUUAUCAUAAACGCGAGCCGAAAGCCAGUUAAGUGGCAUUUGCCUAAUAAUAAAAAAAAACGCAAUAGAUCUAUAGGUUCAACAUAUCAUGGCCAAGUGACAGUAGUCAAAAAGUCAGAGAAAAGUCGAGUUGACAUUAAGACGCUGAUGAUAGGGGGCAGACGGCCUAUUUCAUCAGAAUAAAGACGAACGACGAAAUAAGAUAGCAUAUUUUUGAUAUAAAGCCGUUUUAGAUGUUCAGUGUUAAUUGCCGUUUACAUUAGUUGUUGCAUUAUCCUUGUAAUUUACGAGUAAAGUAUUUGUUGUAUCCUAAAAUCGACCUGUACCCAAAUAAUCAACCCUAGACAACAAAAGAAAAAAGCCUACAUUUUGGGGGCUCAACCGGGAUAGAAGAUGGAAGACAGAUAUAUAAUAAGGAUAAUAAGACAAAUAUAAUAAGGAUAUAAUAUGGAUUGAACGUGAGAUCGACUGACGCUGACGUUUAGCCGCAUAUUGCCGUGCCGAUAUUGUUUUGAAUGCUGAUAUGUUUUGAAUGAAAACACAAUGACGAACUCAAGCCGAUGAAAUGGUAAUAACGAGUUAAACUAUUAGAGACGAUUUGCAAGGUAAGAGUUAGUAAGAGAUUUUUUUUUUUCAACAUUCUACCAAGCGACUAAGGCGAUAAGAAGAUUGAACGUUAUAUUUUCAAUGACAUUUCCCUUUUGUUGAUGUGCUGAUGCAACAGAAAAUUCAGAUGAACUUUGAAAACACGUUUUAAGAAAAAGUUUUUUAUAUGAAUGGACGAUUAAUUGAUCUUGAUUUAAUUUCGUGUCCAUUAUAAAAACAUUCUCGUAUAUUUUUUGUUGGCGAUAUAUUUUCGUUUUAAGAUUAGGAAAACGUUAAUUUUUGUAGGUUUUAUAGCACAAAUAUGCAUUACUAAGGUUAUUUCAUUUUUUGAAAAGGUUUAAUUUUUGCAUGCUUUAGUUUUUUACGUAGUUAUAAAUAUUUCUUUUGACAUUGUUGAAUAUUUUUUGAAAAUAUUUUAUUAUGGCAACUUUAGGUUCUAUUCAUAAUAUUGACUAUAAUAUUACUCACGCUAAGUUGAGAGUUGUUAAAAUUUUGCAUUACAUUUGUUUUUCCACUGAAGGUGAACCUCGAAAAACUAGAAAAGCUUUGCGUGCUUUUCCUGGUUUUCGGCUCGACGACACUUCUGAACAAUUUUUGAGUAAAUGUAACGAUGUAAGUGAAAAAUUUGAUCUUCCUGAUUUAAUUGCGAUAUGCCAAAUUCUUGAUUUGAAUUAUAAAAAUGAGAAGCAUGACGUGGUUGUUCGCAUUUGUUCCUUUUUGAAUACCUUCAUUAACGACGACGAAACUGAAGAUGACGAAGAGGAGGAUGACGUAUCAGAUAUAGACGAAGACGACGAAGAAAAAAGACAACUGGAAGACGAAAAAAGACGAACGCAAGAAGAAAAACGACGAUUGGAAGACGAAAGACGGGAAAAUGAUGAAAGACGAGAAAAAGAGAAACGACGAUUGGAAGAAGAAAGACGAAAAGACGCGCAAAAGACGAUGAAAGACUUGAAGAAGAAGAAAGACGAAGACGUGAAAGAAGAAACGACGAGCUUAGACGAAGACGCGAAGGGCGAAAUUAUGACGAAGGACGACAAAUAUGCGAUGAAAGACGUAGAUAUGAACGAAGUAAUGACGAAGAAAGACGAAGAUACGAAGACAGACGAUAUGACGAAGAUAUUCACGUAUAUGAAGAAAUUGGAGAAAGAAGCUAUAGCGCAAGCAAUAACGCUGAAAUGAGAUCCGCGAAUAAUGGAGCGACUGGUACAAGACGACAGGAAUCAUUUGCAUUAAGUUUUAGAGAUGUGGAAGACAGCAUAAGAUCAUUUAAUGGAAAAGAUGAAUAUCCUAUUCGCACGUGGAUUAUCGAGUUUGAAGAAGUAGCUGAGAUAACAGGAUGGAACGACUUACAAAAAUUAAUCUACGCAAAAAAAUGUUUAAAUGGACUUGCCAAACUGUUUGUGCAGUCAGAAAAAGGCAUCAGAAGUUGGCCUGAUUUGAAUAGAUGUUUAAUCGAAGAAUUCGGAGUACAUGUAAAUAGUGCACAGAUACAUAAGAUGUUGAUGACGAGACGAAAAAAAUCUGAUGAGACUGUACAAGAAUACAUGAUUAAAAUGAGAGAAAUAGCUAAUAGAGCUUACUUAGAACAAGAAGUUGUUAUAGAAUACAUAAUUGAUGGAAUACAAGACGAAU